AUGUCAUUAUUCCGCACAGCAAUGCUGCAGAGGCAGCUCUUCACUCCCGCCCGCUCUCUAUGCGUCCGCUACUCGUCUACUUCCGCAUCAGAAAACGUUGUUCUCCCCCGCCUGCAAUCCGACCUCAAGACGGCCAUGCGCGCAAAGAACAAGCCUGCACUCAACACAAUCCGUGCCCUGCAAGCCGAGAUCAUCAACGCAUCAAAGACUGCCAAGCCAAUCGAAACGGACGGAGCCCUCUACUCCCUCGUUCAAAAGCAGAUCAAAGCCUCUUCGGCCUCAAUUGAAGAGUUCCGAAAUGCUAAGAGGGAGGACCUGGUCGAGAAAGAGCAGGCGCACCUGGAUGUACUGAAGGGCUAUGCGCAGGAGAUCCCGCUAGUGGAGAACAGUGAGGUGGACGCGUUAGUCAAGAGCGUGAUCGAAAGACUGGAGGAGGGCAAGAGGAGUUUUGGUAGCGUCAUGGGUAAAGUCAUGGGUGGUCUCAAGGGGCGGCCAUUUGAUCUAGAGUAUGUCACCAAAAAGAUCCAAGAAGCUGUUGGAGCCAAAUAA